AUGCAAACCGAAUACCAGCCUCACAACCACGCCCACGACCUCUACGGAUGUUGUGCGGGAAAGGGACCCCAGCAAUACACACCAACAUACCAACGCCUACCCCUAGAUCGAGGCCUACAAUGGGGAUCCGACCCAAACUUCUGCUACCACGGCUUCUCCUGUCCGAUCGGAAGCUGGACCGAAGAGCGGCUUGUCAGAAAUGCGAUGCGCAACAUGGCCUACAUGGCAAGCAGCGUCAAAGAAGAGUUCAACCUCGAUUUUAACAUCUCCGACUACAUCAAUGAUCACAAAUCAGAAGCGACAGAAGUGGUCCGGUUAAACGGGUUCGACGUAUCGCAUGAACAGCGCAGUCCCACGCCGCCUUCCACAGCUUCGCCGUCAAGCAUUUCGAGUCCCGAGAAACAAGAGCCGGACUCACAGCCGCCGAAUAAAAAGCGGAAAUGUGUGCAAAAGCCCGGGCAGAAAUUGUGUCAUUGUCGUUCGGAGAAGAAGAGGAGGGAGGCUGUUAGCCAGGGAUAUCGGGAUUUGUCUCAAGUCGUUCCAGGCCUCGAGGGUCAGAAUUUUACGAGGAAAUAUGUUCUGAACGCGACGGCACAUUAUUUGGAGCAGCUCUUGGACGGGAAUGAGGCUUUGAAGCGGCAGUUGGGAGAAAUGAAAGAUCAAGAAGAGAAGGAUAUAGGGCAACUCUUAAUGGGAUCUGACUUGGAGGUAUGA